AUGAAAUUAUUCAUUUUUCUCAUCCUUGUUUCCUCCCCAAUCAACAAUGUUGCGUACAUUGUCGGAUCUCUUACUCUGCCAAAAAUUUCUCCAUCUUCGGCCGAGCGUUCUCAAUACGGGAGCAACGCGGGGCUGCUCGCAUACCGUUUUAAUAUCGGAUUCAACUGUACAGAAGCAUUCAUUGCAAUGAAUGAACUCGAAGCGAUGGCUAUUUCAGCUGAAAAGACCGGAUCCGAUUUGAGUGUCCGUAUCGAGAUGGAUCAAGUGAAAAACAUAAGCAUGGCCCUGAGCAAGUGUGGAUUGCGCUCAACCACAUCAUCAACCAUCAAGCAGAAUGAAGCGAUCGUUGUUUCACCAAAGUACUUCACAAUUGUAUCCAACCUCGGAUCAAUAGGAUGUGAAAAAUACGAUGAACCGCUCUUGAUGCGGAUCCAAGGAGAAUCGAACACAACCGGAACUGUCUCUAUAUACAUGGUCGCAUCACCAAAAGACGAAAAACUUGUAUUCAACGAGUUUGUCAUCUACGCUUUUUAUCCAGUCAUUCUCUCGAUUUCCAUUUUCAUUGCCGGAUGCAGCUGCCCUUUGAUCACUUUCUGGAUGAUUGAGAAAAUCAUUGUGAUCUACAACGACUACGUUAACUGUUUUGGAUACACUCGCAUCAGGACUGUCUACAAGUUUCGUGGAGUUCCUGUUUGA